UACACAUAGUUCGUCAAAAAUAGUAACAAUAUUGUGAUAUUUUCAUACAAGUGACAUAUUAAAUAAAUUAUACAAAUAUUCUACAUUUUUUGCCCCAACUUGAGGUAUAAUAAUAUUAUUAUAUCAAUAAUGGUCUUUAGAAAAAUUAACGCGCUCGAAAUUCUCAUGCUGUGGGCCGACGAGAACGAUAAACAUAUUACUGGCCGGCUAGUAGUAAAACACGUCGUCGUCGUCUUGGAGAUUUUCUCGGAGAUCGGUCUCUGUGUUAGACGAUUUGUAUUUAGCUCAUUAGCAAUUCUCGAUUAAAUCCCAACGUACACGUAUACAUAUUAUCUUCGCUCAAACAAAAGAUGGCAACUAAUAAUUAUAACAUCGACGCUGUAAACGUCAUAUUGCUCGAAAUCUUAGAAGACAUUGUUGUCAACAUUAUGGAGGGCACUUACGCUGACGAAACAGACGAAUAUCUCGUGGGUUUAGUUACCCUCCUUCUGUCUGCCAUUGAUUCGGGCGCUACUAUUGCGAGUGGCGACGAUCAGACCCCGGAGUCGGAGCCCGAAGGACAAAAUCCGAUUCUUGGAGGCGCAGAUGGACAGGAGUUCGACGAAGACGCCGAGGAGUCCGUCUCCUUGCACAGUGAUGGAUUGCCGAGCGGCGAUGCGCUGUCAUCUGCAGCAGAGUCGGAGCUUGCUCCGAUCCCAGAGGCAGCACCGCUCGGCAACAAUAACACUGUCCAGGAAGACGACGAUUCGAAAAUUUCGGAAGCAGAAGAGGACCAUUCCGUUUUGUUGGCGAGCAGCUGUACGUCGUCGUGUGGGGACGCGCCGUCCUCGGAGUCGGGGCCUGUCGAUCCCACUCCGACUCCUGAGGGCGGACCGCUCGACGACGUUUUGCGUACAGAAGACGUGUUGGAUGAGAAAAUUGAGCCGGCCAGGGGUAUAGUUGUAAAAAAUAGUCUUGGUGAGCUGGUCGGUUGGCUGGACCCGGCGGCAGCACCCGGAAAAAUCGAUCCACCUCGUACGAGGUGGAAAAGCGUGAGACGCUUUUUCCGGGGUCUGUGCUGCUGCCGAUGAGAACCCGUCCGCAGCUCAUCCCUUGGCCGUAGACGACGGGCAGGAUGACGGCGACACGGAGGAGGGGAGGAUGUGAGAAAGAGCACGGACGGUGCGCGGCGGUAAGUCACCCACGCACGUUCUCCGGUCACCCGCGGCGCGACGGGUUGUUCGCGGGCGUAGCGCGCUCGGUCGUCUUUGACGCGCGAGACCCUCUGGCGGCUCGGCGAGCGCCCGGCUGCAGUUACGGUCACGUGGAGCGGCGGCGGUGACGGACGACGGCGACGACACGGCGGCUAGUAGUAGAGGUACCGGCGCGGGCAACGAUUCCGCCCCGACGGUACACCGACGAUGACGACGGCGAUGGCGACUCGGUACGACGGCAGCGGCGGAGACCUUGGCACGGGGUGAGUGGUAUGGAGAUUUGCGUGCUAGGAACACGGGGACGUCAGCGCCGCCGGAUCCAAGGAAACUUAACGGUUUCAGGGUCUGGCGGCGCGCGACUUCACCACCGCGGCGGCGGAACGAAGAAGCGGCCGAAGGGACAACGCCAGGGCGAAAAUUACCGAGAGUUGAGGAUCGCGCUGCGGUCCGCUGACUCUCGCCUUUUCGCCCCGCGGCAAUCCCACAUUGGCCGCUUCGCUCGUCCCCGCCGGUUCCGCAGCACAAAAUCUCGAUUCGCUCGCUCCGUGCCUUGGUCUUCGCCGUCCGUCGGCAGAGUCGUCGCGCCGUCGACCGUCAACGCGCACAACAUCGCGCACUAUAGCCGCCGUUCGUCGCCGACAUCCGUGGUCGCUCCGCGGCCGUAUCGGUGGUUUGGCCUCGCCGGCUGGGCAAGGUCGUCAAGCGUCCGAGCGAACGCGCCCGCGACAUACUCGGCAACCCGCGGGACAGGUCGUGAGAACGUGCAGAGGUGACCAGUGGCCAAUAACAUUGCAUAUAAUAACCGCACCAAAAUUCGCCAUCUUGCAUCCUCUCCCCCUUGUUGAUUGUGUCCUGACCUCCUGGCCGACGUAUUUUUUUUUUCCUUUUAAUUCUUUAAGUUAUUUCAAAUUUUCUAACUGUUCAUAUAUCGUAAAUUUUGAUUUUUUUUUUUCUUAUUCUCGGCCCUUUUGAUUUUUUCAACAUUUAAUAUAUUAUUGAUGCUAAUUUUUUUCAGUCAAAACACUAUUUCUGUUUUGAAAAAUAUAUUUUAUACAUUUUUGUAUUAUUUUUUGUUUUUUUUAUUAAUAAAUAAAUUUUGUGAAAACAAAAAAAUAUAGUUUCUUUUUUUUCGUUUUGUCGAGUGUAUACCUAAUCAAUUGUUACAGAUUUAACGACUAAAAAAUCGUUAAAAUAUAUAAUUUAAAUAAAAAAAUUCGUUAGUUAAUUAUAUAGAGUAUAGACGUAGUAUAAACGCUACACGGAUAUUAUAAUAUGUACGAAGAAAUAUUUAAGCCAUCAAACACUAAAGGCGACGAAAACUGUUGAAUAAAUCAUAAAAUAACGCAUUACACCGCGGCGGGAACGACAUGGACAGUUUUAUAAACUAUACUAUACGAGGGUUCUAAAUAACAAUAUGUAUUUGUAGAACGUGAGAACGUCAAUAUAGUCGAAUAGCAUAUAGUUAAUACAAAAUAAUUUUAAAAAAGGUGGAUAAGUGGAUGUCACUCUGCUGUACAAUAGGUUACAAGUGGGUCACUGUAAUGGAUGGUGUUAAAUUCGAAUUUUUUUAAAUAUGUUUCAGGUGAAUAGGAUUAACUUACUGCAAAUGUAAAUUCAAAUUCAAUCAACAUUUUUAUUAUUUUUUUUUUUUUUAAAUAAACACUUUUUUGUACUAAUGUUUAAUAUCCUGUACCCAAUAUUAAUAUAAAUAUAAAAAUUAAAUUAAAAACCAUUUUUAAUAAAUUUUAUACUAUAAUUUUUGGCAUUUUAUAUUCCUUUUUUUUUGCAUUUUAAGUGCAUAUUUUUGACAUUUUUUAAGGUUUUUUAGUGCAUUAAAUUCACAGCCCUAGUUAUAAUUUUAUAUUGGUUAUUUUAUUUUUUAUAAUAAAUUAAUUUUGCUGUAUAUUGAUUACCAGUACACAUUAUAUAUACCGGGCGCUUUCACAGUACCGGUACCCCAUCUUAUGUCAAAAAUGAAAUUACACUAUCUACUGCCAAGCUCACAAAACUCAAAAUUUUGAUCAGAUCUCAGGCCUCGGCUCUCUUCCACAAAAACAGACUCUCGAGAUACCGUCACAUCAGAGAACUAGGACACCUAGCCCCCACCAUCCACCCUCGCCUGAGACUACGACCAAAAACUAGCCCCCUCACGUGGGCCACGGUAUCAACUAACAGCUAAGACCUUCCAUCUCCACCACUAGGAUAGGCUACAGCCUGGGAUAGGAAACGACUAAUUGGGUCGGUCAUAUAAGCAAAUCAAAAGCACCGGUAUCAGUCUUCCAUCAACCUUCAAACCUUCAACACUUCAACCAGUUCAACCACUACUAGAAGGUACCAAGACCCGAAGAUCCGACAGCCUACAAGCCGAAACAGACCAACGGACCAACAGACCAACGACGACCAGCAUAACAGCCGAAACGACGAUAGCCGGCUGCGAUUCGAUCCAAGCCGACGACGACGCCUGUACAUGGCCCGACGCCAAAAGUCCUGCCGAUGAGCCGCUGACCCACGGCUGACGAAUGACGAUCAUACGGCAUGCCCAGAGGAUCAAAGCCGUAGCAAGCAGCCGGAGCACGGUAAAAUGUCCGGCCGUACGCCGUCCAAAUAGCAACGUCCGCCGCACAAAGGGGACUAUUCAGAAAAUCAUACGAAUAACAGGGCGACUGCACCAGUAAAUGAACAUCUAAGGUUUUGUAGACUUGUAAAUAUUUCUAUCAUAAUAGCUUUUAGUAUCAUCAGGUUCAAUUUGUAUUUAUACAUUAUAUGAUAUGUCAUCUUAUAUUUUAUAAUUAAAAAAACUUGAUGAGAAUACAUAGACACAGUUAAAAAAAUGUUUUAUUCAAAUAAAUCAAUUUUCCCUAGUGAAUGAACACACAUUUUCAUGUGAAUGAACGAUGCCAGAUAAAUGAACAUUUAUUAAUCUGUAAAUGAACACCUGACAAAAUAAUCAAUUUUUAACACUCACAUUUUUAAAUAACAACAAAAACAUCAACAACAUAAAAUCUUUUAAAAAAAACAUAAUAUAGGUAUUUAGUAUAGUUGUAGUUAAUAAGAGGAUUCGAUACCGUGAUUUUCUGUUUUUGUCUAACACACGUGCGACAUAGUAUUUUAGACGUGUUUUUUGCCAAACAUUCCAAUUUAUCUAUUGAAGUGAUAAGAAUUCUGAAAACAGAAUUGAAUUCGUCAAGUCUACUUGAAAUCAACUUUCCCACAUUUUUGAAAUUAUCCCCCAGAUUCCAGAAAACGUCAUAUUGGAAAAGAGUAUUUAAACAUUUUUGUAUUUCAAUUUUUGAAGAAGCUAAAAUCAAAAUUGUGGGGAAGUCGAUUUCAAGUAGACUUGACAGCGAAUUCAAAUAUGUUUUCAGAAUUCUUAUCACUUCAUAAGAUCAAUUGAUAUGUUUGGUAAAGAAUCCGUC